AUGAGUGGCACCGUCCCAGUUUUCGAUCCAUCCUGGUACACCCCAACCGUCUACAUCUUCUCCAUCCUCGAGCUCAACAUGGCCAUUCUUACCGCCUCCAUUCCCAUCUUCUGGCCCCUGGUGACCUCUUUUGCCUCCAACAAAAUCCUCAUCGUCAACGAAAUCGAAAUCCGCACCGAGCGCAUCGACAACAGCUUUGCGCUCUCCGACCAAGGUAAAGGCUUCGCCGGCGCGGGCGUAGACGAGUCGCACGAUGGGCGAACAAGCAGGAUAAGCGUCUUGGGGAAGAACGACACAGACAAGCUGCACCGCAACAACUCGCGCCUCACUCGCAACAAGCACCACCACAAGCCCAGCCACUCCGACUCCUCGGAUAAAGAGCUAGGUCUCGGCAUCGGGCACCGCUCAUCGCAAGAUUCGCAGCGCAAACUCAAUCUCACGCACCAGGCGUCUAGUAACUCCUUUGGCUCAGGCAGACUGGAGGACAGCCCCGAUAUGACGCAUGCGCGCUACCAGAACAAGUUCACACAAGACUGGGCAGUACCAGACUUCGACCGGCCCCCAAAGGGCGGCAGCGAGGAGCGCAUGUUCACCACGUCUGUUGAGCGGGCGGAGGUGCCUUACGACCAUAUCAGGGCGCUGGAGAAGUGA